AUGGCGCGGAAAAAUGAAAGAAAAGAUUUCAAUGAAGAGUGCAGUGCCUGUGACUUUGAGAAACUUAGGGUGAUGGAGAAUAAUCCUACAAUUCGGGAAUUGCGUGAAAAAAUAGAACAAUUAAGCAUUCGUCUAACUGAAUGCAAAACAGAAAAUCAAAUGUUGAAAAAGGAUUUGAACCUUGCUAAAAAGAUGGUUCUCCGAGAAGUCGGGACACAUGAUUUAGAACUCCCAAUACUUCUCAAACGCGGAACAGAGGCGGGCUGGAAAGGACGUAUGGAGAACGUGCUCUUACUGAAACAGAAAUUGCAAGAAUUGAGAAAUUACCUCAGAGAAAUCGAAGGAAAUGCUCCCGAGCCAAAAGUAACUCCAUCUGAAGAAUUUGCAAAACGCCAAAUCCCAUACGACAGGAAACUUUUCUGGAGAAUGGAACUUGAGCGCCGUUUGGCGAGAGAGAAUGCUGAAAAAGACAUGAAUCCACUAAUUCAAGAAUGUCAAGAGUUGCGAAAGACGCUGGACAAGGAAAAAACUCGCUAUCGAGAACUGAACGAUGAAGUAAAAUUGCUUAAAGCGGAAUUGCAAAGCCUCGUAGAAAAAAAUCAGGAAGAUAUCGGGAUUGUGAAAUCAUUCCAAACGCUUGAAAAUCAGCUGGAAGAGUCACUUGCUCAAAGAGCUGAAUUACGUAAAGAUCUUGAUGGAUCGCGAACGAGAAAUCAGAGAUUAGCGGAAGAGAAAAAAUCCUUGGAAGAAGAGUUACGUCAGUUGCAACAAAAAGCAGCAAAUAACAAUAAUUUGAUUGAUUCACUAACGCACAAACAUAUCCAAGAAGCGAUUGAAUGUGAGAAAAAGAAUGUUCAGCAGAAUAUCGAUGGCUAUGCAGACGAAAUGAACACUUUGCAGAGCAACUAUGAAAGCGAUGUCAAGAUCAUAGAUCACUUGCAGUACAUUGUCUUCGAAAGAAUUAGCCUCGUUAGAGAUUUGCAGAAGGACACAGAUGAAAGUUUGAUGGUGUAUAUUAAUGAAAAGAAAGAAACUGGGGAAAAAUCUCCACCAUCAGAAUCUGAAGAACCAGCAGAAACGGAUAACAAUUCAGACGAACCUGGUAGUGAUAAUGCAUUAGAACUAAAUGAGCAGAAAGCCGAUGAUGACCAGGACAGUGAAAAAGCUAUCCAGUCUGCCAAGCAAACAAAGCUUCUUCAGUUGAAAAUAGACUGUGCCAAAUACAAAGCUUUAUUGGAUGCAGCUCAGAAGGAAAGCGAGCGACUUAACUACAUUAAUUCUCUUCAAGACUCGAGAAUGAAUGUUAUUGCUGUGCAAGUUGUAGAGGCUGGCAAACUUGCUAUGCAGAAGAAUGCAGAGAUAAAAGAACUCUUGGAUAAAUUGAAUAAGUUGGAAAGAUCGUACUCCGCAAAGAAAAAGACCCGGAAAGUUACUCUUCCGACGAAAAAUAGAUUCGAAGAUUUGAAGAUCAAGAUGGAAGCUCAAAAAGAAGAAAAUGAAUUUCUGCGAAAUUUUCUGAAUUCAGUUGUCUGUGACAAAGCAAAUGACCUUGAUAUGUACAAAGACUUUGUGGCCGAAACUAAGCAACACUUUUUGAAAGUACUGCAUGAACUCAAAGACUUGCAAACUGAACUUAGUUCUGACUCAGGAUAG